CAUGUGACGCGAACAGACCCAUACUGUGCCAUGGUACUAUCCAAGCCUCCGAGCUCCAUUCUGUGUAAUUGCGUGUAAAAGUACGUUGUAUGUCAAAUUUGCGGACGAUCGCAAGAAUUAUUCGUGCUUCACGCACGAGUUUAAGUAAACUUUGUGCAGAGUGCUUUUGAGUAAGAUUCCAUUACAAUUCAACUUUAAAUAUGUUUGGGCAAACCGGAAAUACAUCGUUUAGUGGAUUUAGCACAGGAACACAGAACAGUCUGUUCGGGCAGUCUGCAUUUGGUAAACCUAUUACCACAACAAGUUUCGGUAGUGGCGCAACACCCGUCUUUGGUAGUAGCAAUACUUCACUCUUUAGUUCUAAGCCCACAGGUUCUACUACAGGUGGCUUGUUUGGAAAUACCACAACGCCACCGGCAUUUAGACAGCCAACUAAUACUCAACCAUCCUUCGGAGGCUUUGGGACGACAAAUACAAGCACUAAUCUUUUUGGUACUCAACAAAAUACUGGUACAAAUCUUUUCGGUACGAGUACAGGAACUUCGGCGUUUGGUCAAGCGAACAAGCCUGGUUUCAACUUUGGCACAACAUCUGGAACCAAUCUGUUUGGACAGACACAGCAGAAUGCACAGCAAACUACUCCAUUUGGUCAAACUAAUACUACAAAUACAAAUCUUUUUGGAACAACCACAAAUUUUGGUAAUACCAAUCCUACUACUGUACCAGCUGGUACCGCAGUGAAAUUCACACCUGUCAUCACGACCGAUUCAAUGUCAAAGAAUGGAAUAUCACACAGUAUAUCAGCCCGUCAUUGUUGCAUUGCAUCUAUGAAGGAAUAUGAAAACAAAUCGUACGAAGAAUUACGUUUUGAAGAUUAUCAGCUUGGAAGAAAAGGUCCGCAAACAGGCCUUUUUGGAACAUCAACACAGACAUCGCCGUUCGGUGGCACAACAGCUGGUACUAGCACAGGUGGUACAGGAUUUGGGUCGAUGACUGGAGGAUUCGGUGCCACCAACCAAUCAGGAUCGACCGGACUGUUUGGAAAGCCCAUUAGUAAUUUUGGAUCAUCAGCUACUACGACGACCAACAGUUUUGUAUUCAAUUCUCCGCCCACUACAAAUCUGUUUGGUACUAAUACUCAAACAAAACCAUUUGGUACAGCUGCCCCGACGCCACUUUUUGGAACCCCCAGUACUAAUCAAACUGCUGGAACUGGUUUUGGUAAUAUAAACACUACACAGAAUACAGGAUUUGGAUCUGCAUUUGGUUCCACACAACCUAAUCAGAGUAUUGGAUUGUUUAAUCAAAAUAAAUCCGCUUUCAAUAUUCCAUCGACUUCGACCAGCACUGGCUUUACUGGUUUUGGUCAACCGGCCACUAAUACCACUACAUUAUUUGGUAAUAAAACUACUACUACUGGAUUUGGAGGAACAUCUACGUUUGGUGCAACUGCACCAUCUACAUUCGGAACUAAUACAGGUUUCAAUACUGGUUCCAAUGCUGGGUCUUCAUUGUUUAACUCGUCAUUCAAACCAGCUGGACAAACGCCAGCAUUUUCUUUCGGAACUACACCUGUGUCUUCAACUGGACUUGGUACAAAUACUGGUUUGAGCUUAGGUGGUAAUUCUUCAUUAUUCGGGCAACAAAAGCCAGGCAGUCUGUUCGGAAAUACCGGAAACAAUACGACAUUUAAUAAUCCUGGAUCAUUCGGACCUUCUACUUUUGGAACGAGCUCUAACAUGAUAUCCGGAACAGGAAUUGGUUUACUUAAUGGAGGGAUGACGUCAAAUCAAGCUAAGACAAAUGGUUCAGUACCAGUGCAUCAACAAAUUUUGGCUCUUGUUUCCGCUCCAUUUGGCGAUUCACCAUUAUUGAAGAAUCUUUUACCAGCAUCUGGAAAAACCGAGGAACUGUUAAAACCUACGAAUCCAGCAUCAAAAGUACUGAAUAGUCCGCAAUACAGAGUUACUGCUAAUAACAAAUCUCCGAAGAUCAAAGCGAGAGUCGUCAGUUCUUCACAGCUGUCCAAGAAAUCUUUGUUUGAUGGCCUCGAGGAAGAAGAUCCUGUGAUAACCGAGGCUUUUCAACCCCGGCCAAGCGCGAAACGUUUAGUGUUGCGACCGAAGUCGACGAUAAAUUCCUUGGUUCAAUCACCCACGGAAAAUGGAGAAUCCGUGACAAGAAAUGGUACUAUAGAUGGAGCAGAUAUAUCAAAUGCGAUGCACAGUAAUAAUAUCGAAGUCAAUGACAAAGAAAAUCACAGUCAAGACAAUAAUCGACUUGCGAACGAUCGACGGUCGUCUACAUCUUGGUUGAAGUCAACACUUCCGCGGAAAAAUAAAAUUUUGGAUGAUGAGUUGCUCGAGGGACAGCGAUCGCCCUUUUCUGGAACAAAUGUACCUGAAGAGGUGAAUAAUACGGUGGCCGAAUUGAGAUCACAAAAUAAUAUAUCGAAUCAUUCAGAAACAAUUAAUUCGAUCGAGAUGCCAUUAAAUUCUACUUUUGAUGAGAAAAACUCCGCAAAUCUUACCAUACCAAAUGCAGAAUCUGGUCAGGAGACAGACGAGGGUUCAUUUUCUAUGUUACAAUCAAACUGGAGUAUGAACAUGGCUAAAGUUACAUUACGACGAGUAGGCUAUUAUACCAUUCCGCCGCUUGACAAACUGGACGAUUUUGUUUGCGGCGAGACGUGUAUCGUCCCAAACUUUACCAUUGGCCGCGAGGGUUAUGGCAACGUAUACUUCCCGGAUUCGUUCGAUGUAUAUGGCUUGAAUCUUGAUGAAAUUGUACACUUUCGUCACAAGGAGGUAAUUAUUUAUCCCGAUGACGAGAAGAAACCACCAGUGGGACAAGGUCUGAACAGAAAAGCGCAAGUUACCCUGGACAAAGUGUGGCCGCACGACAAGUCACUGCACGAACCGAUCACGGAUCCGCAGCGACUCGCUGCGAUGAAUUACGAGGGAAAAUUACGCAGAGUUUCUGCUAAACAUGAUACUCGCUUCCUCGAAUAUCGACCAGAAACUGGUUCAUGGGUUUUUAAAGUUGAUCACUUUUCCAAAUACGGUCUCAGCGAUUCGGAUGAGGAUGACAGUCAGGUCUCGCCAACUUCAGACGCAAAGAAACUAAAGGGAUUCUCCGCGUCCGUACAAAAAAGUAAGCCCGUCGAUCCAUCCGCAACAAUGAAUAAGGCGAUUAAUGGAACAAUUAACGGAACGUUCGAUGGCACAAAAAUCGGGAACGGCAAACAACUGAGCAUGGCCGAGAGCAAUUUUUUAGGGAAGACCCCGAUUAAUCGUUUCGGUUACAGUGAUCAUAGUUGUGAGGAGCGAGGAAUGAUCGUCAGCUCGGUCAGAGAAAUCCCAUUUGGUUGUUCUGAUUUCAUUUCUGGGGAUUAUAGUUACGAGAAACGGAUGACCGUCAGUCCGGUCGGCGAUAGCGCCAGAGUCGCUGGUACAGAUAGUCACAAAUUGCAGCUUAUGAAAGCGAGCUUCUUCAACGCGAAUGAUGAAGACGUAAAUGAAGAACCGAGCAACGGAAUAUUUCCUUCUGUACAGAAAACUUUAAUACGUUACUUUUCGAACGUCACGGAAGCUAAAAGCAACCAGGAAGCUCUGUAUACUACCACGGCGUUGCGUACAACUUUUGUCGCAAAUGAAACAUUGUUCUCUACACCACUCUCAGAGAACGUGGCACUUUGCGCGUCAUCAAGUAGAAGAUCGCAUUUGUCUCAUAUUGGCGUUCGAGACAAACAGUCAAUCAUCGAGAAAGCUAUUCUGCCGCCUAUAAUUACGCCAGUUACGAGCGUGUUAAAAUAUCAUUAUGAGGUUGUGCCACUCAAGGAGUCCAGAUUGAACAGGCUACGAUUUCGUUGCGUUGCUGACGCCGGCAUUUACAUGGGUCGAACGUUUCGGCCGAGCUGGGGCACUGGUCUGACGCUGUUGUCGCUGAGUACGCAAGAGCAGGCGACCAAGAUGCAAUUGCGGAGCGCAUUCAGUCAACUGAGUCGUUACGUCUCCGGUCGUCUCGCCGACGAUGUCUCGUCAACAGUGAUUGUUCAACGUCUGCAGAUCUUAGGUGGCGAUGAAUACGACGCAAGAACGUUCAGCGACAGUAUAGAGCGUCAUUUGAGAAUUCAGCUGGAUCACUGCGUGAUGGGCCACGAAGGGGACUGUCCCACAUUUGACGUAGCGACUGAUAGCGCGAAUGAGGCGUUGCAACUACACUGCACAUUGGCGCAAGAUCUUGCAGAAAAGGAGCAGAGACCAUGCGAAAACACCAACGACGAGCAAAUACAAAGUGGCGCCAGCGAAAGAUCGUUCCGUCAAUACGCGAACAUCGUGUGGGCUUUAUGCAUAGCGCUCUGGGGAAGUUACGCCAAUCAGGACACAUUUAAUAAUGCUAACGAAGAACACUACAAUGUUAUGGUAAGGAGAGAGGCUGUAGGCGAAUGGCUGAGAAAUGUAGUGCAAAGAACGGUCGAACGAGAGAUCAAGAGCAUCGACGGCGAAGCGAAGAAUUCCCACGAGAAAAUGAUAUUGUCGCUACUCUCUGCUUACAAACUGGAAGAUGCCUGCCAGGAGGCGCGGAAGGCCGGAGACCACUGUCUGGCGUUGCUGAUGGCGCAACUGCGAAGCGGCGCAACGGUCAAGAAGUUGAUCAAGCAACAGCUCGCACUUUGGCAGGAAACUGACGUGGAUGAAAAUCUUACGAUUGAUCGUCUCAAGUUGUUUAUGCUGGUGGCGGGUGAGCCGCUUAUCUCCAGCAAGCAUGGAACUAUUAAUGUAUGCGAGUAUCUGGACUGGAAGCGCGCUUUUGCCAUCCAUCUAUGGUACCUAUCAUCGCCGACCUGCUCGAUUACUGAUGCCUUAGAUCUCUACGAGGCAUCGUUUAACACAACGGAGGCUCAGGCGUACGCGGCGGUACCCGAACCCGAGUAUAGACAGAAUGACUAUGAUGCUGAGUUAAGUAACGGCAAACGGAUACACGAUCUCUGCUUUCACCUUUUAAAGCUGUACUGUACGGGAAAUCACGAUCUGGGCGAGCUUCUGAAUCCGCUGACAUACACCGCCAAUCCCCUAGAUUACAGAUUGAGUUGGUUGAUGCAACAAACGCUUGUGGCUUUGGGCUACACGCAUCUCUCUGAUCACGUUGCUGCGUUAACGCACACAAAUUUCGCAACUCAACUGGAGGCGCACGGACUCUGGCAUUGGGCGAUCUUUGUGGUAUUGCAUCUACGAGAUUCAUCUAGACGACGGACUGCUGUGCAAGAUCUGUUGUUACGCCAUAUAGAGAUAGAUAAUACUCCAGAAUACGUAAAACGUGAGCAAUUCUUAAAGGAAGAACUUGGUAUAUCAUCAAUUUGGAUUCAUCAGGCUAAAGCCAUCAAAAGUAGUAUCAAUAAAAGAUAUGGCGAAGCAGCUUGGUAUUACAUCCAGGCAGAACAGUGGACUCAAGCCCAUGAAAUUAUUAUAGAGCAUCUGGCAGCCGAUGCUGUAAUAAAUGAAAACUACGAAUAUUUGAAAUCAUUAUUAAGUUCACUAGUAGCAGCCGAAUGUAGCGGCACAAUUAGUGGAUGGUCGCAUCAGGGGCAACUUUUGUGGGAAUAUAUGGAAAUAACCAGCGAGAUCCAGGACCUAUUGAAGUCUGCUCCAGAUUAUUGUGGGCUAACUUAUCAAUUGGAAGCGCUGAAGCCUCGAUUAACAGCCGUCUGUCAGAAAAUUGAUCAAUUCCCAUGUCUAACUGCUAAACACAGAUUGUGCCAGGCUGAAAUUGCAAAGAGAACUUUGCACUUGGCUAGAAAUAUGUUGUUGCUACAGGAAAAUGAGCAAAGAUCCAUCACAAAGUUGUUAGUUCGUUUAAUUUCUCAGCUACCGUUACCGGAAGAUUAUGCGCAACAGGAGCUGCGACCUAUCGUUAAUAUGCGCGUAGCAGAAAUAAUGCCGUAAUGAAACACACAAACACAAAAGUUGACUUAUUGAACGUGUAGUUAUAAAGUUUCAUAUUAACAGAGAUCUUACUUUUAUUUUUUUUCUCGUGUAUACGCGCCUGCAGUCAUAAUUUUGUGCAAAAAGUAAGAAUGAGAUUUCUCGAAGGACUUCAGUAAUUCUGGUAAGCAUAUACAAAUAGCAGUAGCAAAUUGCGCGGUUUAUACGUAGAUGUGAUGAAAAGCUGGAAAUUAUAAACAUGUAGUAAAAUAUGUCGAUGUGUGAUACUAUUUAAGUCUUUCUUACAUUUUUUAUUGCUUUGUGCACAAAAUUAUCUUGUGAUUUAGGAAACGUAUGUGACCGACUGUCACUGAUGAGGGUAUGUGAUUAAGUGUAAUCGCGAUUGGUCAAGAAGAAACAUGGACAAGAAAUAAUUCUGUGCUGCGCAGAAAAAUAUUUUUAUCAUAUAAAUCGUGGUUUUUUUUGUAUAAUUUGUAUGCUAUUGUGACACGUCAUGUUAAACACACCUUUCAAGACUGUGUUUCAAAAUUGCUGUCAAUAUUGAAAAUCUAUAGUUUCUGUUACGUAUGCUACAGAUUUUCACUGACAACAAUUUUAAAACAUAGCCUGAGAUAUACAGUUACGCAGGCACGCAAAAAACAACUUAUAUAUAUUAUGUGAUAUAUUUGUCAUAUAGUAUGUGUAGUAUGUGUAUUAUUACGUUUCCACAUUUUGAAUUUAUUUUUUCGAAUGUUUUUUUUGCAUAUUAACGAGAAAUUUUGAUAAAAAUAACCAGUGUAAUUAUUGCGCGAAUGUAAAUUGCAACAAACUUGUACAUUACACUAAAAGUUGGACAUGCUCAGAGGAAUUCAUUGUUCUGUAAAAGAAAAAGACUUAACGUAGUGUUGCGCACAUAAUAAAUUUUUGCAUUAUUGGUAGAAUAGACACUUCUGAAUGAAAAAAAUCCAGCUAUAUAACUACAAUCACGAAAUAGUAAGAUAUGUUUUAUGUAUAAGGAACAUUUGUAUAAAUAAAAUUAAGUUUUCACUCUUUUAAAAUUGGAAUAAAUAAAUAAAUAAGAUAUUUACAUAUA